AUGGCCAUUCAAACGGAACAAGUUGUUGUUUUCCUGCUGCUAUCGCUGUGCGCUGUCCUCAGCACCGCAGAUCACGCGCCACCGUUUAAGCCGCUGCUACCGAAGUCGUCGCUGAUGUACCCAAGCUUCGUCCCCAAGCACGGCGGCAGCCUGAAACCCUACAUGGCGCAGUUCCGAGCUGGCACGCGCCUAGCUCCAGUAGCGAUUCGGCCAGCUCCAUCGAUGAUUAUGAGUUUGAAGAGACCCAUUAAAUCCAUUCUAAGCCACCCUCCGCUUAUGAAGCAACCGCUACUGAAGCGGCCGCCGUCGCUGGGGUUUGUCGCGGCCAGUGCCAGCAUUAAGCACCACAAGUUCCACGGUUCGCCGCCGGGACCGAGCACGGGAGAGAUCGUGUUCGAGAAGCUGAAACCGAUCACCGCAAAGCUGACCUCGCAUAAAGACGGUGCCAUCCACACGAUCCCGGCACCGAACCUGGGCCUGCAGACAGGUCCCAAGCCGCAGAAAGCGGCCCCGAACCAGAUACGGGUGACAUCCUACGAAGACAGCAACAAGCUAGAGAUUGAGGUUAAGACCACCAAGCCAACGUUCACCGCAGGGUACACCGGCAAACCGGCUUUCCUGCACAAUCCGACGGCCGGCCCCGUGCUGGUGCCGUACAAGCACCAUCCGGCACAUCAGUAUCAAGUGACGGAGGAGCACUCGAACGAUGUCACCAUCGGUGAUCCGUACUCGGGUAAGAAGACCUAUUUCGCACCGGAUCCGGACCCGUCGCUGCCGAGCAAAUCGCUGGUACCGACCUCGGACCCGCUCAGUACGCCGAGCAACGGCAAGUACGGAAGCCCGUCGGGGCUUCUGCUGCAAUCGGCGGUACCAGCCCAUGCCCACGCCCAGGCCUAUCCGCUACAACCGCAGACCAGCGCGUCGGCCGUGAUCCAGUACGUCAACGCGGUACCGCAGGCCAGCUACGCGAUACCGCUGGCAACCCAGCCCCAGCUGCAGCAGCACAUCCUUCAGCAGACGGCGAUGCUGCAGGAGAUGCCCGUCUCGCUCUAUAAUCCCACCUAUCUCGUGACCCAAUCCAACCACCUUUUCAAUACCCACCAACAGCAGGGCGCGGUCAAUCUCUUCAAGCCCGACAGCCACUUCCUCGGCACGGUGCAGCCAGUGGCCAGCGUGCAGGCGCAAACGCCGGCUCCGGCGCCGGCGCCGGCCGCCGUGGUCUUCAACUCGUUCAACCCGUACAAGCACGUCGAACCGGCGGCCAGUACCGGGCAGAUCCUGUCGGCCACUCAGGACCAACUGCACGAGCUACAAUCGGUCGUGAGUCAGAUGCAACUCCACGAUACCCACCACCACCAGGACAUGCCGACGUACGCGCAGCUCGUCGGGCACGAGCAGCCGGCCAUACACCAGCAGCAACUGCCACAGCUGAACCAACUGGAACAGCAACUUCAACAGCAACUAAUCCAGCAGCACCAGGGCGGUAAAGGGCCACAGCGCCCGAUGACCGAUGCCGAGUUGGCACACCUGCUCAACUACGGCAUGAUCAAUCUGCAUAGUAACCUCUCCCCGAGCGACUACUAUCACUACCAGGUCGAUCAGCCGGUGCCGGCCCAGCAGCCCCAGAACACUUUCUAUGAGCUGUCCGAGCGCCAGAAGGAAAACGAUCGCAUCCUAGCGCAGGCUCAGCAGGAACUCUACCACCAGCAGCAGCAACAGCAGCAACAGCAGCAGUAUCAGCAGCAACAACAGCAGUACCACUACCAAGUACAGCAUCUUCAAGAACAACAGCAGCAGCAGCAACAACAACAGCAGCAGCAGCAGCAGCAGCAACAGUACCAGUCGUCGGGUAGCAAAUCGGACUAUCUGCAAGCCUACCAGGAUCACCAGCAGGCAGUGUCGAACAUCCUGGCACUGCGUGAUCAACCGAUCACGGACAGUACCCAGCAGCAGCAGCAGCAGCAGCAGUAUCAUCACCACGCGGUGAGCAGCACGAUGGCCCCUCAGACAAUGCACAACCCCCUGCGGAUAUACGUCCCGGAAGAGGCGGAACACGAAUAUACCAACAGUGUGAAUGCCCAGAAACGGAUGGAUGAGCUCGACUUCGAGUACACCGACGGACAAGGGCCAGCGGAGGAGAGCACUACGAAUGAUAGUGUCACGGAUCCGGCUGACACCCAUCAAGAGGAGGAACCGGAGUACUAUAGCCAGAAUCUUAGUAACCAUCGCCUAGAAUAA